AUGGUUUUAAUUAAAAGCAACAUGAUUAGACUUCCAUCAAAAUUUCAUUCAAAUCAGCUAAACAGUACGAACUGUAAUAAGUUGGAACCUGAUAGAACUCCAUUAUUAUUGCAAAUCGAUUUUAUUAGCUACCAAUCUAUUGGAGUUCGAACUGUUUAUAGUAUUCGAAUCAUAAAUUUGAAAGAUGCUUCUAUGCAAACUUCUUGCAAACAAAUAAGUCCGUUUGAAGAAUUAGAUAAGCUUCCGAUACCUGAAUUCAUCAGAAAAUAUUUUAAGAUACAUACAUAG